CAUAGAUACCAUCUAAGCUCACUGCGACGGGAAUCUACACUCACGCUGCGGCCGCAUCGAUCGAUCUGCAGACCGAUCAGAAGCUAAGCAGCAGGAGGCCAGACGUGCAGCGCCAAGCCAGCCAAUGCAAGCCCCUUCACUCUUUCUCAUCCCAUCACCAAACCCUAGGGAAACCCGACCCGACCCUAUCGUCCAAACCCAUUUUGCGCCCAAUCCCCACCCAUGGCCCAAAACAAAUCCCUUUGAAGCAGCUCCAGAAACGCACUACCGUAAUGGAAAUUCUUCCAGGCGACCGACCGCUGGACAUGAGGGGGUAUUCGGAGAACCGGUAUCCGGGAAGGGUAUCGAUGAGAAAGAGAGGAACAAGGAGCUUAACAGUGACGGAGAGGUAAAAGCCUAGGAAAAGCCGUAGAAACACCGCGCAUACCAAAUAAUCGGGGGCCGCAGAGAGGA